CCCAGGGGAGACUGACGUCAUCUACUCGCUCAUCAUCCGCCGGAAGCCGCUCUUCUACGUCAUUAACAUCAUCGCGCCCUGUGUGCUCAUCUCGGGCCUGGUGCUGCUCGCCUACUUCCUGCCGGCGCAGGCCGGCGGCCAGAAAUGCACGGUCUCCAUCAACGUCCUGCUCGCCCAGACCGUCUUCUUGUUCCUCAUUGCCCAGAAAAUCCCAGAGACGUCUCUGAGCGUGCCGCUCCUGGGCAGGUUCCUUAUUUUCGUCAUGGUGGUCGCCACGCUCAUUGUCAUGAAUUGCGUCAUCGUGCUCAACGUGUCCCUGCGGACGCCCACCACCCACGCCAUGUCCCCGCGGCUGCGCCACGUUCUCCUGGAGCUGCUGCCGCGCCUCCUGGGCUCCCCGCCGCCCCCCGAGGCCCCCCGGGCCGCCUCGCCCCCAAGGCGGGCGUCGUCGGUGGGCUUAUUGCUCCGCGCGGAGGAGCUGAUACUGAAAAAGCCACGGAGCGAGCUCGUGUUUGAGGGGCAGAGGCACCGGCACGGGACCUGGACGGCUGCCUUCUGCCAGAGCCUGGGCGCCGCCGCCCCCGAGGUCCGCUGCUGUGUGGAUGCCGUGAACUUCGUGGCCGAGAGCACGAGAGAUCAGGAGGCCACCGGCGAGGAAGUGUCCGACUGGGUGCGCAUGGGGAAUGCCCUUGACAACAUCUGCUUCUGGGCCGCUCUGGUGCUCUUCAGCGUGGGCUCCAGCCUCAUCUUCCUCGGGGCCUACUUCAACCGAGUGCCUGAUCUCCCCUACCCGCCGUGUAUCCAGCCUUAGCGUGCACCGACUUCAAUUUCCCACCCAUCUCCAGUGGGAAAUUGAUUUAGAAAAAGUAGGCUGCCGCCACCACGGCAUUAUGAUCCCUUCCCCCUGCUGAUCAAUCUGCAGUUUGUGAACUUCACAAGAAUGGUGUGUGCCCGCUCCUUGGCGUGUGUAGGCCUGGCCGCAGUCCAGGGGUCAGCAGGAGGAAACGGUUCACAUAGGCUCUCAGGUGCCGGUCUUCCAGAAAGCAAGGACUGCCCUUCAUUCAGCCUUGCUGACCUCCCAGCCUUUUUCAGGCUCAGCCCCACGGGACUCUGGUGGCUGCCAGCUUGUGAGCUAUCUAUCUAUAUUCAUCUCAUAGCCAAACAGAAGACCCCUUUUCAGGACUUGCACACAGGGAGGCUGUAGCCAGGAAACCCUCUUCUUCCCUGGUCUGGCUCUGCUGGAGCGGGUGGGAACCAAACACCUUCAGUGCUGGUGGCCCUCAGGCCCAAAGGUUUAAGGCUGAGGCUGCCCUGACCCUUCCACAGUCAUUUCUUCUAGGUUUUCUUGGCCCAGCACUGCCCAUCCCACCCCAUGAGGCUCACUCAUUGCAGAUCCCAGCCCACCCUGCCCCUUUCUUCCCCACCCCACCCUGCCCCUUUCUUCCCCACCCUACCCUACCCUACCCUGCCCCUUUCUUCCCCACCCUACCCUACCCUGCCCCUUUCUUCCCCACCCUACCCUAC